CUGCGCUCUGGUGCCUGACGCCAAGGGUUAGGGGUGUGCAGGGACUGCUCAAAAGAUUGCUUUAAACCUGAGUACAUAUUGUAUGUACUUUUUGUUUUAGUUUUGUUUAUCAAGCUGUAUUUUUAAUUUCCUUUUAAGUUUCCCCCCGCAUUUAGUGCAACCCAACAGAGAUCCAGGAAGAUGAUUGACACAUUGCCAGGACCAACACUGCCAUUUGCUGUUCAGCUCAAGAACUUUGUUGACCAGGAGGGUCGAUUCCAGCCCAAACUAAGUGGCCUGAGACUCAUCGAGACAGCCCAGGACAAUGGGCUCAGGAUGACGGUCAAACUGAGGGAGUAUGAAGUGAGAGACCUUCUCUCCUUGACCCGUUUCUUUGGAUUCAGUUCGGAAACAUUCUCUCUCGCUGUCAGCCUGCUGGAUAGAUUCCUUGCAGUGAUGAAGAUCCAGCCCAAACACCUGACCUGCGUGGGCCUGUGCUGCUUCUACAUUGCCAUCAAGUCCUCGGAGGAGGAGAAGAACGUCCCUCUGGCCAACGACCUGAUCCGCAUCAGCCAGAACCGCUUCACGGUGUCGGACAUGAUGCGCAUGGAGAAGAUCGUCCUGGAGAAGCUGUGCUGGAAGGUGAAGGCCCCCACCGCGCUCCACUUCCUGCGGCUCUUCCACGCCCGCAUCCAGCAGCAGGUCACAGGAGACAGCAAAAACGUCCUCAACCUCGACAGACUUGAGUCACAGCUGAAAGCAUGCCAUUGCUGCUUCGCCUUCUCCAAAGUUAAGCCAUCUCUGUUGGCGUUGGCCGUGCUGGCCCUUGAGGUCCAGGAAGAGUACGAGUACAGCAGUGCCGAAGGCCUUCUGGAGGCCCUGCAGGACAUCCAGAAGCACCUUGGUGUCAAAGAUGGUGACUUGCUGUGCGUGAGGGAGCUGGUAUCAAAGUGCCUCAUCGAGUACUCGUCGAGGCGGUGCUCGAGACCCAACGGCCAAAAGCUCCGCUGGAUCAUCUCCGGCAGAACGGCCAGGACGCUGAAGCACAGCUACUACAAGAUCACCCACAUGCCAACCAUCCCCGAGUCCGCCUGUUGAGAUGCGAUGGUGUUGAGCAACUGACAUGCCAAGCACUGAGCCAGCUUUUUUUUUUCUUAAACUUUUUUGUUUGUUUGGUAACAUUGUAAACGUGGCUCUUGUGUUGUCUGCUUGCCCAGCACCAUCUCUUACACGCCCCUUUCACUAAGUGCCUCUCCAGGAGCUGCUGUAACUGUCCCAGCAUCUGAUAAAGUCGCUACACACGACCAAUCAUGGCUGGGGCUGUUACAUAGGGUGCAGCUGUUGGAGUUGACUCACUGAGAGGGUUGUAACCUAUAGGAAAGUUUUUCUGUUUGUUUUCCCCCCUGGCUUUAUCGCUUUUUUUUUCGCUCUCUCUUUCUAGUGUUCUUUAUUUAUUUUAGAUCUGCACUGACUGGUGAUAAUCUAGUUUAGAGUGGGUUGGAAGGCAACGCUCCCUUAGCUGGAGUGUUGGCCGCACUAAUGUACAGUAUGUUCUCUCCUGAAUCUGCGCUCUGCGAUUGGCGCCGGUUUUUGUUUUAAAGCAAUUAAAAAGUAUGGAACCGCCUAGGUCCUCAGUCCACCAUGUGGAAGAGGAGGGAGAAGGGUUUUGUGAACAUCGUUGAAACAUCAGGGAACCAAGAAAUCAGGCCCAAAACCCUUAACUUCCACCCUAGGCUGCUGAACUGUCUUAAUGCACACUCCUACCCAAGGUGAAUUUAAAAUGGAAAAAAACUUACGUGAAGGUUUUUUUUUUUUUUUUGGCCUAGCCAUCUGAGUGAAGUUGGCUAUGAUGCAUGUUUUGUAACUUUUUUUUUUCUUUUUUUUAUUUCUUUUUAACGUGUUGGAUCACAUACUAAGUUAGCUACAGGUACUAACAGCGCGUGUGAAAUUCAAUAUGAUUUGAGAAUGUAUGGAUGGACAACUUACAACCAAUAAAGUAGUUGGCUGAAGGAAGACUUAACCAAUCUGAGUUCUGUUUUCCAAUGAAUAAUGGUUUUUUGAAAGGAAAUGGCAUGUUUUUGACUGUCAGUUUCAUUCAGUGAUCGCUGGAAAAGCCUGCAAACAAAUCAUUUAGAAGCUUGUUUCAACUGUACCUUUCAAUAAAAGUUUUAUUGAAAAGCA